CAAAUACUAGCUAAUUACACUCUCAUAAUAAACAAAAUAAAAAAAUUGAAGUAAAAAUAAUUAGAGAGAGGGAGAGGGAGAGAGUGGUUCACCCAACCUUACAUCAACAACGACAAGCACAGAAUCUCAAACGAAAAGGCGCACACGAAAGAAUCUUCCUAUCUUUCCCUUGUUUUCUUCUCCUUUCAUUUUUCUCCUUUUAUCUUUUUUAUUUCUUCUUCUCUUCUUUUUUAAUUAUUAUCAAUUAUAUAAAUUCCUUAAUUCAUUCGCUUCUUCAUUUACAUAUACACACACACUUUUAUUUUCCAAAUCUCUCUCUCUCUCUCUCUCUCUCUGCGAUUCUAAGUCUAUUAACUACCUAUGUUUCCAUUUUCGUUUUUCUGUUAUGUGGCCUUCUUCUCCCUUCUUUUGGCGCCUUCCUUUUGUGCUAGACCCACACCAGACACCGUAACGGUCUCAACCGCCGACCCUCGAUACGACACGUGGCACGAUUUCGCGAGGUUCCUCGAUGCCGGGAAGGGCAGCCAGGUCAGCGGCAUGUCGGAGCUCAAGAAAUACUUCCAGCGCUUCGGCUACCUCCCGACUUCCGAUACCAAUCUCUCCGACAUCUUCGACGCCAGAUUCGAGGCCGCCGUCAUUACCUACCAGAAAAACCUCGGAUUGCCCGUCACCGGUAAACUGGACUCCCCCACCGUCUCCAAAAUCAUGUCGCCGAGGUGCGGCGUCAGCGACGCCACCGCGGACACGCCUCCGUCGCCUGGAGUCCGCCACUUCGCAUAUUUUUACGGCAAGCCGAGGUGGGCCCGGCGGGCUCCCGUGACGCUGACGUACUCCUUUUCGCGGGCGUACACGAUCGACUACGUGAGCCCUUCGGAGAUUCGGAGGGUGUUCCGGCGGUCGUUCGCCCGGUGGUCGUCGGUUAUUCCGGUGAACUUUUCGGAGGUGGGGGAGUACUCGUCGGCAGACAUAAAGAUCGGGUUCUACCGGGGGGAGCACGGGGACGGGGUGCCGUUCGACGGGGUGUUGGGGGUGCUGGCGCACGCGUUCUCGCCGGAGAAUGGGAGGUUCCACCUGGACGCGGCGGAGACGUGGGCCGUGAAUUUGAAGAGGGAGAGGUCGAGGGUGGCGGUUGAUUUGGAAUCGGUGGCGACCCACGAGAUAGGGCACGUGCUGGGGUUGGGUCACUCGUCGGUGAAGGAAGCGGUGAUGUACCCUAGCUUGAGUCCGAGGACAAGGAAGGUGGACCUGAGGGUGGAUGACGUGGAAGGGGUGCAGGCCCUAUACGGGUCAAACCCUAAUUUCAAGUUUAGCACAUUGUUGGAGUCCGCCACUACGUCUUCGUCGUCGUCAAGUCAAGCUGCGGGUUUGAAAAACGGAUGGUCGGCCUGGCGAAGGGCUAUCUCUGCGGUGAUGGGGGUUUUGGUUUGGUGGCUUUGUGAUACGUGAUGGAUAUUUGGUAUAUUUUUUUCUCCAAUAUUUUUGGGGACAUAUAUGGAUUGGAUUCUUCAUAUAUACUUGGAAUUUUAUUUUUAAUUUUAUAAGUUGUACGUAGACACACAUACAGAAAAGGGUAAUAAAGGGGAGUAAUUUCCAAUAA